UUUUAGAGUUCAUAUGGUUCGUACGCGUUCGCUCACCAUAUAUAUUUCCUCGGAAUCGCGGUUUAUGUUUUUAUUACAUUUUGAUCAAACGUUUACUAUAUCUUCUCGUGGUAAAAAGACCCUCAUCCCCUAAAAUCAAAUAGUUGCCAUGAUUCUUGUAGUUGCCAUAAUCCUUUUCACCGUGGCAUCAGCUGAAUUACAGCAACCGACAGCAAACGUUGAAACGACAAAACAAUGGAGUUUACUAGCCUACAAUUUCCCAUGGGAUUUUCCGGCCAAUGAUUUAGAAUAUUACAAUCCAGAGAAUGUGGUUGCAACAGGCAUUGCUGUUGGACACGAUCGCCUUUUCUUGGCUACACCGCGAUUAUUUUCCGGCGUUCCUGCAACGAUCAGCACUAUACCGAGAAAUAACAUUGGCGACUCACCAAUUUUAGAGGCUUAUCCUAACUGGCAAUAUCACAGUGCUGGUAAAAAGGAAUACAAUUGUUCCGAAAUUGGUCUGGUUUCUGUGUAUCGAAUGAGAAUUGACUCGUGUAAUCGACUGUGGGCUCUGGAUGCAGGUGUAUCGAGAUCACUGGAAGAUUUUGAAGUGACAUGUCCGCCGAAAAUCUUGGUUAUCGAUCUCAAUACAGACCAAGUGGUCCGAAGAAUCGAUUUUCCCCGUGAAGUUAUCAGAGGUGAAACUCUCUAUACAAAUAUGGUCAUUGAUGAGACGACUUCUAGACCGGAAAAUCACUGUGACGAUGUUUACAUCUAUAUAACCGAUACAGUUGAGCCAGCUAUUGUCGUAUACGACAGCGGCCGUGACCUGACCUGGAGACUAUCUCAUCCAGCCAUGUACCCCGAUCCCAAUUUCGCUCAGUCAAGUAUACUCGGACAUCGAUUCACUCUGAUGGACGGAAUUGUUGGAAUGGCUUUCGAUGCUAAUGCGGGUACAGUAUACUUCCAGCCAUUAGCCACUGAUCGAUUGUUUUCUAUAACAACGGCUGCCCUCCGAGCAGGGCCGUUACCAUUCGGCGUUGAACUGCCAGUUAAAUUAGUUGGAAAGAAAUCGUCACAAGGAAUCGGCUUAGAGGUAUCACCCAUUGACGGAUCAAUUUUCUUUAGUCCGAUGACUGAAACAGCGGUAGCAAAAUGGAAUCCCAGUACAAAUCAACAGAGAGUGUUGUCCUACGAUGCGGAUCAAUUCCAGUUUGUUGCCGAUAUGCGAAUUCAAGCCAGUGAUCCAUCUUCCUUGUACGUCCUUUCAUCCAAAUUCCAUCGAUUUUUCCUGAAGAAUCUAGAACCGACCGAAGUAAAUACCCGCAUUCUUCGUAUUGAAAGUAUUCAACCGUCACAUGUGUCUCCAAUCAACUCGAACCAUUACGGUGGAUACAAAUCACAACACACCCACACUACCUUACAAAUACCGCCCAAACAAUCUGGAUCUUAUCUCCAAAGUACGUAUUUCGACGGCAUCAGUCAGCCGUAUCAAUACGAAUCAGUUGGCAUUAUUAACAAGGCUGUAAAAAAUCCGUUCACAUCAUUAAACACCGGCGAACGACCAGAAACGAUCUACAAUCAUCGAGCUAAAACCCCCAAGUAUGCGUUCCCUGGAAAUGAGAAUUUCUACGGGCUCGUAAAUCAGGGAGAUUUCAAUGGAUUGAGAAUAACAAAGAGUGUAGCGUACAACACGUCAACGGUACAUCAACGUAAAUAAAUUCAUUCAUUUUAGCAUUCCAAAAGUAAUAGAUACGCAACGUGAAGAUUCAUAUUCUUUUGUAAAUAAUUGCCGUUCUAUGUCAUCACAAUUAUUGAGAGUUUUGCUGCGCGGUUUGAAUGUUCAAAUGUGUUAAUUUAUUAAUUUAUUUUUAGUUAGGUGUCAAUGGUUUGUCAGUUUUAUUUAGGAACUGCGACGCACACAUUUUUUUUUAAAUAAUUCUAGAACGAAAUCAAUCACUCACUGAUGCACAAUCGUUUCCAUUUCUUUAAUUUAAAAAGUUAAAUUAUUCCACCACUUGCCAAUGAAAUGAGUCACAUCACACUUCCCCGAUAGUUUAAGGACCAAGGAGAUUGUAGACAAAGAUUCGGUAAAUAAAAAUUGAAAUAAUGAGAAAAGUAUUACGGACAUAUUUCUUAGAUUAGUGUCUGAAUUCAUGGCUGUAGCCAAUUUUCAUGAAUCGCUAGUUUACUUAACAAAUCUUUCUCUGUGUAGGAACCGUAUGCAUUUUGAAACAUUGAAAAUAGUUAAAAAUAGAAUUUUUUAACGGUUCUAAAACCCCUUGAUUGCCUGUCAAAGUUCAGCUCAGCUCAUGACAAAUUUUGCGAUUUAAAACAAAAAUGCUGCUGAAGAUGAUAAAGCUUGGAAAGCUGUGAAACAAACCAGAAACCACACAUCGAACCUCUCGCAGACGGUCUGUCAUCUGUUAUCGAUAGCGAUGACAAAUACGUAUCUUAACAAUUACCCAGUUGUUAGGUAAAGACUUAAAUAUUAAACUUGUAAUGUGCCGCCUGCGAAUGGUUACUUAUCUUGUCAGAUUAAUAUAAUCCAACGAUGAAACUCGCACUUGUUACUUUAUCCCAAAGAAUGGCUAUUUUAAUGUAACAAGAGUCAAGAAGAA